AUGCCUUCCCUCUUACGACGCCCCUCUUCCUUGGCCAGCGCUUCCAGUGAAGAGAGUGACUGGCUGAAUGAACAUGCGAUUGUUAGCGACAAGGAGUACAAUGCCAUUUACUUCGAUGGAUACGCGGAGAAGCCUAUCAGCGAGCAAUUGGAGCCUAUAGCCGUUGUUGGAAUGGGAUGUCGACUCCCAGGGAACGUCUCUUCUCCCGCCCAGUUCUGGGAUAUGAUGAUCAACAAAGGGACAGGACGAACAGCCAAAGUUCCAGCUUCCCGAUUCAACAUCGACGCUCAUCUUCACCCAAAUAAUGAACGCCCAGGAUCAUUUAAUGCCCCUGGCGGAUAUUUUCUGGACAGCAGCCUCCAGGAAUUCGACCCUGUCGUUUUCAACAUCUCACCCGUGGAGGCGAUGUGGAUGGACCCUCAGCAGCGGAAACUCCUCGAGGUGGUCUACGAAGCAUUCGAGUCUGGUGGUGUUUCUCUUAAUAAGAUUGCAAAUACCAAGACCGGAGUCUUCGUUGGCAGUUUCACCAGUGACUUCCAGCAGAUGUCGUUCAAAGAGCCCGACUUUCGUCACAGCUAUGCAGCCACGGGGGUCGACCCCGGCAUCAUUUCCAAUCGUAUCAGCCAUGUUUUCAAUAUCUCCGGACCGAGUAUGACUGUGAAUACCGCGUGUUCAUCGUCGGUAUAUGCGAUGCAUAAUGCGUGCAAUGCACUGCGCAACAAUGAGUGCAACGGGGCGGUGGUUGGAGGAACCAACUUGAUCCUGACCGUCGACCAGCAUAUGAACACAGCCAAGCUAGGAGUCCUGUCACCCGAUUCGACCUGUCACACGUUUGACGCGUCGGCCAAUGGCUACGGGAGAGCCGAGGGUGUAGGCGCAGUCUACCUCAAACGUCUCAGUGAUGCGGUCCGGGAUGGCGACCCGAUCCGAGGUGUGCUGCGAUCUUCAGCUGUGAACAACAACGGAAAGGUUCCUGGGGUCGGCAUCACUCAUCCAAACCUGGAGGGACAGGUACAGGUAAUUCGUCACGCCUACGAACGUGGUGGUGACUUGGACCCGCGUCUUACAGGAUACUUCGAAUGCCACGGAACCGGCACUGCGAUUGGCGACCCUCUGGAGAAGCCGGCAUCAUCCCGCCCACUCGAGGCGUCGAGAACCCCUAACCCAAACAUCGACUGGGAGAACUGGCACGUCAAGGUACCUAGUAUGCCCCAGCCUUUCCCAACCCACCUUCCUGUCCGACGAGUCAGUGUCAAUAGCUUCGGAUACGGCGGAACCAACGGCCAUUUCAUUGUCGAGGGCGCAGACUCACUGGUCCCUGGAUACUCCCAUGGCCGGAAAAAGACUAAGCCAACUGAGCGAGGCGUUUUCCACCAAAAGCGGCCCUACCUGCUGCCCUUUUCUGCACACGACAAACCCACGCUGAUGCGCAAUAUCGAGGCGUAUGCAAAGGUGUUAGACGAUUACAAUAUCGUCGAUUUGUCAUAUACCCUGGCCAAUCGGCGAUCCAAGUUAGCGAGCCGCGGCUUCGUCGUCACUUGUCCCAACGAGACUACAAAAGCUUUCGGAGAGGUAGCCCAGUCUUUUGUUUUCGCGGACAAGAAGAAAACUCCCGCUUUGGGAUUCGUUUUCACAGGUCAAGGUGCCCAAUGGGCACGCAUGGGAUGCGAGCUCAUGUUGUACUAUCCGAGCUUUCUGCGGACAAUUCGCAAACUCGACCAAGUUCUUGGGGAUCUCUCCAACGGCCCCGAAUGGACCUUGGAGGAUGUCUUGCAUGAAGAUUCCUCAGAAUCUCGCAUCGAUGAGGUUGAAUUUUCUCAACCCCUGUGCACCGCUAUUCAGAUGGCGUUGGUUGACUUAUUGGAUUCUUGGGGGGUCAAGCCAGCGAUUACAGUGGGCCAUUCCUCGGGAGAGAUCGCUGCCGCGUAUGCGGCUGGUUUGGUUGGCUUCAAUGAGGCCAUCAUCGCGGCUUACUUCCGCGGCAAGGCCGUCAAGGAUAUCGACACCGAUGGAGCCAUGAUGGCUGUAGGACUCGGCGCUGAAGCUGUCCAGUCAUAUCUUUCUGGAUACGAGGGAAAAGUGGUGGUGGCAUGUCAUAAUUCCCCAGCACUCGUCACAUUGAGUGGAGAUGCGGCUGCCAUUGGUGCUGUGAAGGGCAAGCUGGACGCGGACAGCGUCUUUGCACGAGUCGUCAAGACGGGUGGAAAGGCAUACCACUCGUUUCAUAUGAAGCCAGCCUCCGCAGUUUACCGCAAGCUCAUGCACGAGGCAGCUUCCGAGGUUGAAGCAGGAAGUCGCAAGUCCACCAGGGCCGUGAUGGUCUCCUCGGUCACGAAUACCCCUCUGGAUCCCACACAGCCGCUGAAUGCGGACUACUGGUGCGCGAACCUGAUGAGUCCCGUCAAAUUAAACCAGGCAGUUCAUACCAUCGGAUCCAAUGCGCAAUACAAGGUCGACGUUCUCGUUGAGAUCGGACCUCACUCCGCGCUCAAGGGCCCCAUCAACCAGAUAUGCCGGACGGAGAAAUUCGACAAGAUCGACUACCUCCCUACGAUGCAACGCGGAGGAAACUCGGCGAUCCAGCUAUUAAACCUGGCCGGUCAGCUCUUCCUAAGGAACUUCCCCCUGUACUAUGAUCGAGUCACUGCAAUUGAGCAGAUCUCCCCGACUGGCAAGGUCCAACUGAAGAAGGGCAAAUUACUGGUCGACCUGCCGCCGUAUCAAUGGAACUACCCGAAAGACCUCUGGGCAGAGCCGCGACAAUCGACAGAGCAUCGGGCUCCCAAACAUCCUCGACACGACGUGCUAGGUACUCGUAUCCCAGGAGGCUCGAAAACCGAACCCACGUGGAGGAACUGUCUGCGGAUUGUGGAUCUGCCAUGGCUAAAGCACCAUUCGCUUGGCGGCGAGGCAGUAUUCCCCGCUGCUGGCUACUUCAGCAUUGCCAUGGAAGCUCUUACCCAGGUAAAUGAGGACAGUUCCAGUCCGAUAGAGAUAGCAGGAUUUACUCUUCGGGACGUUUCGAUAAAAGCGGCCCUCGUGGUUCCCGACGAUGACGACGGGAUUGAGACCCUGUUCGCUCUUCAGCCGAGUGUCUAUUCGGAUGACGCGGGGCGCGCCUGGUGGGACUUCAAUGUGUCGUCGUGCUCGCGAGAUGGCCACUGGAACAGCCAUAUGACCGGCACCGUUGGCGUCAAUCCAUGUGCUGCUAGACAACCCCCGCGACAUGUCCCGACCUUCACCCAGCGAGCCACAGGAAAGGCGUGGAACCAGGCGCUGAAAACCGUCGGCUUCGACUAUGGACCCUCCUUUCAAGACAUGCAGAGCAUUCGCACAGACGGAAAAAGCUACCAAGCAGCCGCAUCGACCGUGGUGAAACGGAGCUCCGGUAUAGUUGAAGGUGAAUCUCGUUACGUUUUGCAUCCGGCGUGUAUGGAUUCAUGUCUUCAGCUCAUCAUUGUUUCGAUCUACGCUGGUCGCAUUCAGGACAUGACAUGUGGUGCCGUACCCAUACAAGUAGACGAGGUCUCAGUUUGGCUACCCUCCCAAACCCAGGAGGAAAAAAGUGACGCACAGGCUUAUGCUUGGACCGACGAGAGAGGAUUUCGAUCUUUCGUCUCGGGAACACAGCUGGUGGGAAGUGAUGGCCAACUUCUCUUGUCUAUCAAAGGAAUGCGUUGCGUUUCCUACGAGGCCGCGGUGCCACAGAGGCGUGGGUCUGAGAUCAAAGAGCAGCCGUUCAUGCAAAUGACUUGGGACAUCGACAUCGACGCACUCACGGAAUCAAGUCCAAUUAAGGAUCUCAGCACCAGUGACUUGGUGGCACUGGCUGCUUUCAAAAAGCCGGGUCUCAAGGUACUCGAUCUGGCGGCCCAGGACCCAGUUUCAAUCAGCAAAACCAGCGAUUUGAUCAACUAUACGGCCACGACAGCCACUGAUGCCCAAGUUGACGUGCUCAAACAAGCCAUUUCUGGUUAUCAGCGAGCAAGUGUUCUAAAAGUCGAUCCUGCGAUGGAGCUUGAGCUACAGGGUUUGAAAGGCAACGAGUUUGAUCUUGUCAUUUUGGGAACUCCAACGGAAGGCUCCAAGCUUGAGUGGCUACUGGCACCCGGCGGUCGAGUCAUUGGAAACUCCGAUAAGUGCUUGUCCUUGAAUGAACGCUUCCAGGUGAUGAGGUUGAUGAAUGGCGUUGCCAUCGCCACACCCAAACAAGCGCAGAAUGGUGCUGCCCUUAGCCACGGCAACGGUACCACUGGUGAUUCAACAAUUACCAUUGUCUAUCGCGACAACAUCACUGAUAUUCCCGGAGAGCUUCUUCAAGCCCUUAAGCCACUGGGAUCGUGUCAACUCGUUGCACUAGCCGAUGUACAAAUUGCGCCGGGCGAGCACGUAGUGAUAACCUGCGACCUUGAAGGACCCUUCUUGUCGACACUCCAGGAAAACGAGCUGUCUCGCUUGCAGGAAAGUCUCACCAAUGCCUGUUCCGUUCUUUGGGUGACGGUGGGAGGGUUGAUCAAUGGUACGAUGCCAGAACAAGCCAUGGCCUCCGGACUCGCGCGCUCCGUGACUUCGGAGAUGGCAUCGCUCGACUUGACGACUCUCGAUUUGGACCUGAGUAACACAUCUCUGAACUGUGCUGUCCAUGAAAUCGUCCGAGCUGUGGAACGGCAGAUCACCCACGCGGGCGGAAAGGAAUCAGAAUACUGCGUCGCGAACGACCGGGUGCACAUAAGUCGAGUGGUGGCGAAUGAUACGCUCAAUCAUCAUUACGGGCCCCAGAGCUCAAUCGUGCAGUCUGUGCCUUUCAAACAGUCUGACAAACUGGUGGGAAUGCCGCAAGCCUCGAAGUUGGUUUUCACUUAUGAUGUCCGGGCCGACCAGACUGUUGGGCCUGAUGAAGUCCAGGUUCGAGUGGCCUUGAGCGACCUAAACAAAGAAGAUGUCUUGGUUCGCAACGGUACCGAUCCACUAACAACAUUUUCCCAUGAAAUUUACGGAGAAGUCACCCAGAAAGGAUCGAACGUCAAGGAGCUCGAAGUUGGUGACUACGUCGUUGGAUUCAGUCACGACAGGCUGGCCAGCUUCCAGACCGUCCAUGCGGGCAUGGUCCAGAAAGCCAACGCGGGCGACGUACCGGAGGAGCUGGUGACGUUGCCAAUGGCAUAUGCAACCGCCUUACACGGUCUUGACACUUUGGCGAAGGUGGGACUCAACGAGGUAGUCCUCAUUCUCCACGGCAGCGGUAAUUGUGGUGCCGCGGCCAUCGCACUCAGCAAACACAUGGGCGCCAGAACGUACGUGGCGGUUCCAACGAGCACGGAGGGAGCGACUGUCGCAGCACUAUUUGAUCUGCCGCUGGACCAUAUCAUCUUUGAUGUUGACAACAACCUUAUGUCAACAUUGAAGCAACGUACCGGUGGGGUAGCGGCGGAUGUGGUCUUCAGCUCAGCUUAUGUUUCACCCACUGUUGCCCACGAAUGCUGGAGAGAUCUCGCGACGUUUGGUCGAUUCAUCGAGAUCGGCCGCAAGAAGAGCCUGAAGCGCAGCGCUUUGGAUACGGUCCCCUUGGCCCGAGGCGCGAGCUAUAUGGCAUUUGACAUUAUUGAGCUAUACCACCAGAAGCCGCAACUCCUAUCCGCGUAUCUGCGCCAAACCCUUUCACUCUACCGACAAAACGCAAUUUCGCUGAUCUCUCCCAUCGAAAAGCGGAACAUUACCGAAUACGACCAUGCAGUGGCAGCUUUCAGCGACGACUUUGCUGCUAAGAAGACGGUGAUCGAAUAUGCGGAGUCGGAUGGCCUGAUCGACGUUCAACCUCGUCGGAUGCAAAUACGCUUCCGGCCUGACGCGACAUAUUUCUUAGUCGGCUGUCUUGGAGGUCUGGGUCGCAGUUUGACUUCCUGGAUGGUUCAGCGCGGCGCUCAUCGGUUCGCAUUUCUGUCACGAUCGGGUACUGACAAGGCGGACGCUGCGGAUUUAGUCCGUGCCCUCGAAGGAAUGGGCGUAACCUGCCAGGUCAUUCGAGGAGAUGUUACAAACAAGGAAAACGUUCAAGCGGCGAUCCAGAGCAUUCCGGCCAGCCACCCUGUCCGCGGCGUGGUUCAUGCCGCCAUGGUGCUUCGCGAUGGUCUCUUUCAUUCCAUGUCCCAUGACAGUUGGAAAACUUCAAUCGGCCCCAAGGUCACGGGAGCGAUUAACUUGCACGAGGUGCUGGCGAACACGGACCUGGAUUUCUUCCUCUGCACCAGCUCGACCUCGGGUAUCCUGGGAACUCCUGGUCAAGCCAAUUACGCAGCAGGAAACAGCUUCCUGGACUCUCUUUGCCGGCAUCGCGUGUUGAGAGGGCAGCCAGGAUCGUCUCUGGUGCUUCCCAUGGUCCAGAACGUUGGGGUUGUGGCAGAGAACCCCGAGAUUGAGGCCGCGCUGCGUCGCAAGGGUAUCUACGGAAUCUAUGAGACACACUUGCUGGAGGCGAUCGAGGCGGCAGUCUUGACGCAAAGUAGCACCCAUCCGGCCGAUCAUCUCAUCGUCGGUUUGGAUCCCAGCAAGCUGAGCGAGUCGCUGUCGAGCAACGACGUCACUGACAGUUUCUGGACCGAAGACGCGCGAUUCAAAGGUAUCAUGGCGGCAGUCAAUGCAAACGCAUCAGCCAAUCAUGGGGGCGCAGAAGAUACAAUCCUUAACGCGAUCAAGCGAGCGGGCUCACCGGACGAGGCUCGGGGCAUGGUCACAGAACACUUCACCACCAGGCUCGCUCGGCUACUUCUCCUCGAAUCCGAUGUAUUCGAGCCUGACACGAUCCCUAUCGUCGAUUACGGGCUGGACAGUAUGAUCGGAGCCGAGUUGCGCAACUGGAUCUUCAAGGAAUACGACCUGAAUAUUCCUUUUCAGCAGCUGUUAAGUCCGAGUCUCACAAUCACCAAAUUUGCGGGCGUUGUCUGCGAAAACCAAGGACUGGCCUGA